AUGAACGAUUUCCACAAUUAUAGAGCAAACAGAAUUGUCCAAAAAUCUGUAAAAUUAAGAUCUGCUUAAAAGGUCAAUCAAUUCAGAGCAUCAUUAAAAAGUAUUUUUAAUUUCUGACACUUAAGGUAAUGAGCCUGUGGAUUCGGUUAUUUUUAAUCAUCCAGAAUAAAGAGGUAUCAGAAUUAAGACAGAGCCACCAAAUUACUAAGCUUAUAAAGCAACUUCUUAAAAUAAAAGAUUUAAUUAGUUGCUAAAUAAUGUGGAUGAAAGAAGCUUAAAAUUGUCCAUUCAGGUGGAAUAAAAAAGAUAUAAAAAGUAACCUGAAUUUCCACCAUUGAAAGGAUUUCUUUAACACAGGUAUUAAAUUUAAUCUUUAUUAAAGUCAAGUCCUUGAAUAAUCACUCAAUACUCCAACUUUUAGAAAUAAAAAUGGAUUAUUGAGUAAAACAUUAGAAAUUGAAAAUUAAUCAACACUAAUUGAUUUUUAACUUAAUUCGGUUUGUUUACCAACCUUCGUAGAAUCUAAGGAAUCAAGUCCAAACAAAGAAAAGAAAAAUUUGACUUUUCCUAAAUGUAUCUUCUUUUGUGAUGUAAAAAAAGCUAGAAAUUUUUUCUAGAUUUCGAGCUAAAAAUGA